UCUCUAUGUUUUGUCGUUUUAUCUGUUUGUUCAAUGGGACGUAAGUUGCAGGUUGUUACUCUUUUAUCCAUGUAUUGAAUUUCCGUGCGGCAUCGCUGGACUUCCUCACACACAGUCCGUGAGCAGUGCAUCUGUGGCGGAGUCCAGCAUCUGUGUCCAACGCCGCAGAGGCUGUCCCGCUCCUCAUCCGCUUCUGCUUCUCCACAUCCUUCGGAUGGAGGAGGUGGAGCAAAGGAGGCGAGCGAGGCUGAGCAGCGGAGGCAGCGCGAGGAAACGACUCUAAAACGUGCGGAGCACGUGAGGAGCAGGCGGCGGGUUGAGGAAGAGGACGCGCCGAAGCGCUGGACGGGAGUCGUGUUCGCUACUGGAUGUGUGGCUCGUGCUGUGACCACGCUAUCACUCACAGAUGAGGCCACAUUCACCCCGGGCUCCGUUCAAAGUGGUGUCAUAUUGCCUUGGGAAUGAACUUUGACCCCACGUGACCCCGCCCACUUGUCAACGAUGGAAUUGCUCACCGCCGCAGGUCCUCCCUCUCUCCUCCCUCACCUCCCUCUCCUGUGCAUGUCUUGACAUGCACAGGAGAGGGAGGAGACAAAAAAAAAAAAAAAAACAAGAAAAACCGGAGCGUGUGAGAGCCACCGAGACGAGAAUGAGAGAGAGGGAGGUGUGAGGUAUGAACGGAGGGCUGAGAAAGGGAAAGGGCUUCUGGUUAUUGGAAGGCUGGGGGUAAAGAAAGCAGCACAGAAGCCGAGAGCAGCAAAACACUGUGGCUGUAAUUGGAAGACGGAGGACGAGGUGGAAGGCACAGCUCUGUGAUCUCCAGGAGAAGCGCGAGAAGAGCCAAGGUACUCACGGCUCCAUCCCCACGAAACCCCCAGGAUAAACAAAGGAGGCGAGGAGCGGGCGCCGGGCGACGCAUCCUCUCCCCGACACCUCUUCCUGUCGCCGCGCACCUCAGGACCUGCAGGGGAGGGACGGCGGCUAAUAAUCACCUGAUGCAACGCUUUCAGGAACUCGUGGAGUGAGGAGAAGCUCAGGCACUGCAAGAGCUGUCAUCAGCCGCAGCUCCUCCUGAGAGUCAGCGCGGGAGCAUGGGACGCGGAGGUCAGAGCAGCGGCGUGUCCUCUGGGUGUCAGACUACGAGGCGCGAAUGAGCGGCGGCGGCGGCUUCGGCAGCAGCUCCAGUUUGCUGCGGGGCCGGCGGUUCUACUGCCGGGAAUGGGCCCUGGACAAGGUCCGGCGCUGCCUGGACGGCCGCCCCGUGCCGGGCCAGCCGCCGGGCCUCCUGGUGGUCGGGGGUCCUGGCGCCGGGAAGACGGCCCUGUGCACUGAGCUGAUGUGGCCCGCGUCGAAGGCCGGGCUGGCGCACGGGCUGGCGCCGCGCUGCCUGGCCUCACAUUUCUGCCAGAGGGAGGACCAGCGCAGCACGGUGGUCUGGAGGUUCGUUGUGGGACUGGUGGAGCAGCUCAGGGCCUCGCCUCUCCUCCCCCCUGGGUGCAAGGAGAUUCUGAACGGCCCGUCGGUGUCGUCCGCUCUGGAGCCCCUCGCCUGUCAAACGGACCCGGACGGCGCCUUCAGGAGAGCAGUGUUGGACCCUCUCCUGGACCUUCCCCCGCCCGCCCAGGCCCUGAUGCUGGUGGUGGACUCCCUGGAUGUAGCAUAUGGUGCGGGUGCAGGACGUGAGAGGAGCGGGUCCAUCGCGGAGCUCCUGGCAACCAGUCAGCACCUGCUGCCGGCCUGGCUGCUGCUGGUCUGCUCUGUCCGCCGUCAGAACAAGGCCGUCUGCAAGAUGUUCUCAGGAUUUCGCAGGCUGUGUCUGGACGACCUUCGGAAGCCGCUGCCGGUGCGCGACGUGCAGCAGUACAUCCUGUGCAGGCUGGACGAGGACGCGGCUCUUCGCCGGCAGCUCACCCCCGACACCGCCGACAUGCUCAAUCUGCUGCACAUCAAGAGCGGCGGCUGCUUCCUCUUCCUGGAGCGCGUGCUGGAUGGCGUGGCAGCCGCGUUGGUGGGUCUGCGGGAGAUCAGGGACAUCCCUGGGACCCUGAACGGACUCUACCUGUGGCUUUGCCAGAGGCUGUUCCCCCGGGGGCUCUUCGUCUACAUCAAGCCUCUCCUCAAUGUGCUGUUAGCGGCGCCGAGGCCACUCACGCCUCAACAGCUGUUUGUAGCCGUGUGGACUAAAGACACGUCGCUUAGUCAGCAGGACUUCCAGGACAAGCUCAGAACCCUUUCUCCUCUUCUGAUCGAUGGCGCGGGGGGCACCAAACUGCUUUUUCACGCCAGCUUCGCAGAGUGGCUAAUAGAUGUGAAGUAUUGCACACAGAAGUACCUGUGUAGCAGAACCGAGGGCCACAGCAUGCUCGCCAUGGCCUUGACUCUGCAGGGACCACAUCUCGACACAGAGCGCAUUUGCCAGCUGGCCACACACUUAGUUUGCUCAGGUCACCAUAAAGAUAAGCCCUCGUUUCUGGCUCUGUGGAUGCUGUGGGCGGGUGUGCCUGCUCUCAAUCCCAGCUGCAGCCGUGCACUCACCACCCUCCUAUCGCACCCUCCUGCUCUGGUCAGUCAGGCAGCCCAUCAGCUCCUAAUGAGGAGCGGGCUUGUCUCUGCAACUUGUUGUCCUGAUGCCGACUCAAGUGUUAAAAGAGGCAGCAUAGACCAUGAGGUAACUAAUUUACCACAGGCAUUUGAAAGACAAGUGUCCAUGAGACUCUUGGACAGUGGGUUGCAUGAAAACCAGCUUGGUUGUACAGAUGAGCCGACCCUGCUUCUUAACGCUGCACUUGAGGGCUCUGCAAAACUAGUUGAACUUCUCCUGUCACGUGGCUGCGACGCACUGAUGAGUGACCAUCAAGGCCAAACGCCGCUGACUCUGGCUUCCAGGCAAGGCCACGUGAGCGUGCUGUCUGCGCUCCUGCGGUGGGCCAAGAGCCGCGAGGGCGCCCAGGCGGCGCGGAUGAUGGAGCACGUGGACAGUGAAGGAUGGACAGCGCUCCGCUCGGCAGCCUGGGGAGGACACAACGAAGCCGUGCGCCUCCUGCUGGACGCGGGGGCCGACGUGGACGGAUGCGACAGCGACGGUCGCACCGCUCUGAGGGCUGCCGCCUGGGGGGGGCACGAGGAAGUCGUCCUGACGCUGCUUCGCUAUCGCGCACACGUCGACAAGGCUGACAGCAAGGGUCGCACGCCUCUCAUCGCCGCUGCAUAUAUGGGACACCACGAAGUAGUGGAGAUUCUGCUGGACCACAUGGCGGCCGUUGACUUGGCCGAUGGGGACGGCCGCACCGCGCUGUCUGUCGCCGCCCUCUGUGUCCCCACUGCAGCAGGGGUCAAAGGUUACGGUGAGGUGGCGGGUUUGUUGCUGGAGCGCGGCGCUGAUCCGGGACACAGGGACAAUGACGGCAUGACGCCGCUGCUGCUUGCGGCCUAUGAGGGAAACGACGAAGUGGUGGAGCUUUUGUUAGAAGCUGGCGCUGAUGUGGACGAGACUGCCGGCCCGGACGGCAGCAUCACGGCUGCGGCUGCCGUCACCCCCCUGCUGGCAGCGGCAGCUAUGGGCCACAUGAAGACCGUGUCCCGGCUGCUCUUCUGGGGAGCGGCGGUGGACGCCAUUGACUGCGAGGGGAGGACGGCGCUCUGCCUGGCGGCGGCAAGAGGCAGCAUCAAGGUGGUCCGCGCCCUUCUGGACCGAGGGCUGGAUGAGAAUCACAGGGACGACCUGGGCUGGACGCCGCUGCACGCCGCCGCCUGCGAAGGCCACCGGGCCGUUUGCGCCGCGUUGACCGAGCAGGGCAGCAUGGCGCGUGUGGGGGAGAUGGACAUCGAAGGGCGCACUCCUCUUAUACUGGCUGCCCAGGAAGGCCACUGGGGCACAGUCAAGCUGUUGUUGGACAGACGCUCUCCCAUUGACCACAGGGCGUAUGACGGGCACUCCGCCCUGACCGCUGCCCUCCUGGAGGGCCAUGCUGAGGUCGCGGACCUGCUCAUGAGGCGAGGGGCUGACACCAACGUGCGGGACGCCGAGGGGAGGCCUCUGCUCUACCUCCUGGUGUUGGAGGGGCUCCUUGACAUGGCCACGCUGCUCAUCGAGAAAGGGGGAGUGCCGCUGGAGUCCCGCGAUGCCGAGGGCCGCACCGCUCUUCACGUGGCGUCCUGGCAGGGACGCCUGGGGAUUCUGGACCUGCUUCUCAAACACGGCGCGAACGCAAACGCACAGGACAAAGCGGGGAGGCCGCCGCUGCAUUCGGUGGCUUGGACGGAAAACGCUGAAGUGGGACGUCGCCUCCUUGACGCCAGUGGGGUCAAUAUUGACCUCGCUUGUCACCAGGGGGCAACGGUUCUGAGCAUUGCUGCCCAGGAAGGACACACCAACAUUGUCGCAAUGCUACUGGAAAGAGGCGCAAAUCCCAAUCACGUGGAUAAAUAUAACCGUACACCGGUCAAAGUGGCUGGGAAACACGGCCACAUUCACAUUGUUAGGCUCCUGGAGAGCUAUGGAGCCAAGCCAUACCUAGGUCUGCUACCUAGCUCGGGUACUGUUUCACCUGCAAAGCCCAACAAGAUCUCCCACAUCUCCUCGGGCUCCUCAGAGAAAACCAGAGGCGAAGCCACAGCUGUUACGUCCUCCUCCUCACUAUCGUCUCCUGCUUCUACUGCGGAGCGGUUUCACUCCAUGCAGAGCUCCCAGGCCUCAUCCACCUGCCACUCGCUGGCCACCGUCCAGACGGUGCCCGCCGACAGCCUCAGCUUCAUUCAGCAGAUCCAGCAGCACUCACUGCCCCGCAGCCGGAGCCGCCCCUCCACCCUCCCACCACCGGGGAGCUCAGGCAUGGGCAGCCUCCGCGGAAGUAGCCAGAGGCCCCGCAAAGCCAGCCCUCCUCCCACCGCCUGUACAGUCACGGCCAUGAUGCACUGUGAACUGCCAGAGAAAGGCUUGUCCUCUGGGUUUGAAUAUCAAGACAACAUGAUCAAACUGAACCCAAACUUUAAAAAAGCGGACGCCGGCGACAAAUGGUACUCAGUCAUGGCUUCCCUUGGGAUAAUGCCAGGACAGGACAGUCCGGCAGUCGGUGCUAAAACCCGGGAGAGCCCUCCCCUGGGCUACCCUUACAGGCUACAGAGCCCGCUUCAAGGGGAAGCCUGGGAUUCUGUACCCCACAAGAACAUUUUGUCACCUGCUUGCUACGGUUUCACUCCAGUCCCGCCUUGCAGUGCCUUGCCAAUGGAUGUCAUGGACACUAUGACAACCACAGACCCACAGCUUAAGCUGAAACGGGCCAUCAAACUACAGUUUGAAGGACCGACCAGUGCAGCCUUAUACAAGAGAGAGACGCCGCUGUGACUGGUGUCAGAGACCAAGAUUAGAUUGUUAUAAUGUCUUUUAUUACUUUAUGUGAAUAUGUACUAAAAUCGUUUACUACUGGAAACACAAUACUUAACCAUGGGGCUAGAGAAAAUUAUUUAUAAAGCAAAACUGCCAAAUAUCCUGUGGCUCAUCUCACAUUUAAGCAUUUGCUGCUUGUCUUUCGCAAUAUUUGGUUUUGGUUACGUAGAUAUUUGGAAAAAGCAUCGUCCAAUUCAUGGAUCACGAUUUGUGGUACAGUAAUAAUAAAUACCACAGUUAUUUUUGGUUUAAUUUUAACAGCUUUGUUGUGGAUGGAGACUGUUCCCGAGUUCAAAGAGGGGUUUUCAGAUGUAACUGUUUAGUAUUGGGCUUCAGAUGAGGAGGAAGUGGAGUCUUUCUCCACCAAACAGCUACGUGAGUGUCGUGGAAGUUUACAGUCCUGUCCUUCCUGUGUGGAGUGUGUGGAGCAGGGCUCUCACACACAAUGAGGCCUAUUUGUUAAAAUUUCUGAAAACAUCCAUAAAAGGCUGCAUGUUUAAUUUAUUGUUAUAAUUUUGCAGAUCCCUGUGUUUCAGUAAAAGAACAGCUGUUAGAGCUUUAAGUUGGUGCCUUUGGUAUUUACUAUAACCGCCUGCAUCCCUCAGGCCAAUCUAGAGCAGUUUGCUGAAAAACAAAUCUUCUAAAUCCUGACCCAGUUCAUGAUUCUGUAUGAACCAUAAAAGACGAUCAGAUUUACUGAAGCAACUUGGCUCGUGUUCAGUGUGUCUGUGAGCAAGCAGGAAGGAAAAUUGGACCAUAAAAGCUGAGGGUGGAUGUGGGCGUGUUGUUAAAUCCAAACUUGUUUGUGGCCUAAAGAAAUUUCUAGUUCAUUUUCGCAGGAUUAAUAUUUAAUUACAUCUAUUAAAAUGGAAAAGUUUGCCAUAA